AUGAAUUUUGUUUCAUUUCAGGUUCUUCGCUGUGUUUUUUUAAAAAAAAGGGAGACAAGAUUUAACAAAAAUAAAACUUUAGCCAUGAGUGUUUAUUAUUGCCAUCAUUCUAGAAUCUUUUCAAGCAAGGCUAUUGGAAAACGUAUCAUGAAAAUUAUUGGUUCAUGUAAAAUGGGCAAUUUAGAUAAAUUCUGUCCUUCGUACAUACAAGUAGUAGUUAAAAAAUGUGGAAAUGUAGAAAUCAAAUAUUAUAAGACACAUAGAGGGCAUUACAACAAAGUAAAAUAUCUUCCAUUCCUAAGAAAGUCCAAGAAAUAAUUACUGGUAAAUAGUGUCUUUUUAUUAUGACGAUUAUAAUAUUAUGAUAAUUGAUAAGAUAUUUGCUCUUGUGCUGUCUCUACUAACUGGAUGAGCUACUUACAGCAUUUAUCAUUGAGAAUGAUUUGAAUAGAUAUUGAUAGCUAUUUGAAGAAAGAUUCUUUCUUGACAAUUUAUUAGGAAAAUAUAUAAUACCAGUCUUGCAACAAUUCUUUGUUUAUAUUUUUGUAUUUGGAUAUUUAUCAUAGUACUAUGAAAGUAGUACAGCACUGUACUAUAAUAAAGUACCUAUUAUAUUUAACAGUUUUGGAAUACUACAUAUUAAGAAAAGUCAUACAUUUUCUGGUCUUAUCUUAAUAGCAUGAAAGACAUUGUGUACCACAAUAUAUCUCAUUGCGCCUACGACCUACAUUGUUUAAAGUUAAAUAUAAAGUUAAUUGGGUUUCAACCAUCAAAAAUCAAAAUACGAAUUGCUGCUCAUAUUUUAAAUUAAAAAAAAAAUGAUAACGACUGUAUAAUGCGUCAAAAACGGGUUCAGCUAGUAUAAUAAUAAUUUUAAAAAAAUAACAACAAAUGUGAUAUACCUAUAUAUACUAUUUAUAUCUACUAGGAGAAGAUAAUAUGAGUAAUAUAAAGUGGGUAUGAUAUUGGCAAGUAUUAAUAUGCACUUAUAUAGAUAAUGGUAAUUAGAUUACAUAUUUUGGAUCUGCACAGUUGACUUGAGAUAACUAUGUGAACUAGGUAUUUAUAC